AUGGAGCUGCUAAAGCUGAACCGGAGCGCGCAGGGGUCCGGACCCGGGCCGGGGGCUUCCCUUUGCCGCCCCGGGGGGGCCCUCCUCAACAGCAGCGGUGCGGGCAACCUCAGCUGCGAGCCCCCUCGCAUCCGCGGAGCCGGGACACGAGAACUGGAGCUGGCCAUCAGGAUCACCCUUUAUGCAGUGAUCUUUCUGAUGAGUGUUGGAGGAAAUGUGCUCAUCAUCGUGGUCCUGGGACUGAGCCGCCGCCUGAGGACUGUCACCAACGCCUUCCUGCUCUCACUGGCAGUCAGCGACCUCCUGCUGGCUGUGGCUUGCAUGCCCUUCACCCUCCUGCCCAAUCUCAUGGGCACAUUCAUCUUUGGCACAGUCGUCUGUAAGGCGGUUUCCUACCUCAUGGGGGUGUCUGUAAGCGUGUCCACACUAAGCCUUGUGGCCAUCGCCCUGGAGCGAUACAGUGCCAUCUGCCGACCACUGCAGGCACGAGUGUGGCAGACACGGUCCCACGCAGCUCGUGUGAUCAUAGCCACGUGGAUGCUCUCUGGACUGCUCAUGGUGCCCUAUCCCGUGUACACCGCCGUACAGCCAGUAGGGUCCCGUGUGCUGCAGUGCGUGCAUCGCUGGCCCAGUGCACAUGUUCGCCAAACCUGGUCCGUACUGCUGCUCCUGCUCUUGUUCUUUGUCCCGGGUGUGGUUAUGGCUGUGGCCUACGGGCUCAUCUCCCGCGAGCUCUACUUAGGGCUUCGCUUUGACGAAGACAGUGACAAUGAGAACCAGAGCCGAGUCAGAAGCCAAAGAGGGCUGCGGAGCGGGGCAGGACCAGGUUCUGCCCAACCCAAUGGGCGUUGCCGGCCGGAGACCGGGCUGGCUGGAGAGGAUGGUGAUGGCUGUUACGUGCAGCUUCCGCGCUCUCGUCAGACCCUGGAGCUGUCCGCGCUGACGGCGCCCACACCUGGGCCAGGAUGUGGCCCCCGGCCCUACCAGGCCAAGCUGUUGGCUAAGAAGCGCGUGGUGCGGAUGCUACUGGUGAUCGUUGUGCUUUUUUUCCUGUGUUGGUUGCCAUUGUACAGUGCCAACACGUGGCGUGCCUUCGACAGCUCUGGUGCGCACCGCGCGCUUUCGGGAGCGCCCAUCUCUUUCAUCCACUUGCUGAGCUACGCCUCAGCCUGUGUCAACCCCCUGGUCUACUGCUUCAUGCACCGUCGCUUUCGCCAGGCCUGCCUUGAGACAUGUGCCCGCUGCUGCCCCAGGCCUCCACGAGCUCGCCCCAGGCCUCUUCCAGAUGAGGACCCGCCCACCCCCUCCAUCGCUUCACUGUCCAGGCUGAGCUACACCACCAUCAGCACGCUGGGGCCUGGCUGA